AGCGCGCUCGCCCGCGCCCCUGGCUCCCACGUAGCUGGAGCCGCGGCGCAGGCAGUCCCGGGUCCGCGCUGCGCACUGUGCGCUCGGCCCGGGCUCGCUGAGCAGACCUGCGCUGGGCUCCCGCGCCGCAGGCGGCCGGGGAAGGCGGCGUGGGAGAGAACGUGGAGACACAGGGGUGGCCGCGGGGAGGUGACAAGCUGCGCACCUGGAAAGUUACCGAGCUGUCUGGCCCCUGAGCAAAAUGGGCAAUGGUUCAGUGAAACCCAAACACCCAAAGCAUCCAGAUGGCCACUCGGGGAACCUCACCACUGAUGCCCUGCGGAGCAAGGUGACAGAGCUGGAGAGAGAGCUGAGGAGGAAGGAUGCUGAAAUCCAGGAGCGGGAGUACCAUUUGAAGGAGCUGCGGGAGCAGCUGUCGAAGCAGACUGUGGCCAUCGCUGAGCUCACUGAGGAGCUCCAGAACAAGUGCAUCCAGCUGAACAAACUUCAGGAUGUGGUGCAUAUGCAAGGAGGAAGCCCGCUUCAGGCUUCUCCAGAUAAAGUGCCUCUUGAGGUCCACCGCAAGACGUCGGGGUUGGUCUCUCUCCAUAGCAGGAGGGGAGCAAAGGCUGGGGUAUCUGCCGAGCCAACAACACGAACCUAUGACCUUAACAAACCUCCUGAAUUUUCCUUUGAGAAAGCAAGAGUCAGAAAGGACUCCAGUGAGAAGAAGCUCAUUACAGAUGCUCUUAAUAAAAAUCAGUUUCUGAAGAGACUGGAUCCUCAGCAGAUCAAAGACAUGGUAGAAUGCAUGUAUGGAAGAAACUACCAGCAAGGGAGUUACAUCAUUAAGCAAGGAGAACCAGGAAACCAUAUCUUUGUAUUGGCAGAGGGCCGACUAGAAGUGUUCCAAGGGGAAAAAUUGUUGUCAUCCAUCCCUAUGUGGACCACAUUUGGGGAACUAGCCAUUUUAUACAAUUGCACAAGGACCGCCUCCGUGAAAGCUAUUACCAAUGUGAAAACUUGGGCACUAGAUCGAGAGGUAUUCCAGAAUAUAAUGAGAAGGACAGCUCAAGCUAGAGAUGAACAGUACAGAAACUUCCUCAGAAGUGUAUCCUUGCUGAAGAAUUUGCCUGAAGAUAAAUUAACCAAGAUCAUUGACUGCUUGGAAGUGGAAUACUAUGACAAAGGAGAUUUCAUCAUUAGAGAGGGGGAGGAAGGAAGUACCUUUUUCAUUUUAGCAAAAGGAAAGGUAAAGGUCACACAGAGUACAGAGGACCACGAUCAGCCACAACUGAUAAAAACAUUGCAGAAAGGAGAAUACUUUGGAGAGAAAGCACUUAUCAGUGAUGAUGUCAGAUCAGCUAACAUUAUUGCUGAAGAAAAUGAUGUUGCGUGCCUGGUUAUAGAUCGAGAAACAUUCAACCAAACAGUCGGGACAUUUGAAGAACUGCAAAAGUAUCUUGAAGGGUAUGUGGCAAACCUGAACCGUGAUGAUGAAAAAAGACAUGCAAAGAGGUCCAUGUCUAACUGGAAGCUAGCUAAAGCACUUUCUCUGGAGAUGAUUCAGCUGAAGGAGAAGGUGUCCAGAUUUUCCUCAUCAUCCCCUUUCCAGAACCUUGAGAUUAUCGCAACACUGGGCGUUGGUGGGUUCGGAAGAGUUGAGCUUGUUAAAGUAAAAAAUGAAAAUGUUGCUUUUGCUAUGAAGUGUAUAAGGAAGAAACACAUAGUUGACACUAAGCAACAAGAACAUGUCUACUCAGAAAAGAGGAUUCUGGAAGAGUUGUGUUCUCCAUUUAUUGUGAAAUUAUAUCGUACUUUCAAGGACAAUAAGUAUGUAUACAUGCUUCUGGAGGCCUGCUUAGGUGGGGAGUUAUGGAGUAUAUUAAGGGACAGAGGCAGCUUUGAUGAACCCACUUCCAAGUUCUGUGUUGCAUGUGUGACAGAAGCAUUUGGUUACCUGCAUCGACUAGGUAUUAUCUACAGAGACCUGAAGCCGGAAAACUUAAUUCUAGAUGCUGAGGGUUAUCUUAAAUUGGUUGACUUUGGCUUUGCUAAGAAAAUAGGAUCUGGACAGAAAACAUGGACAUUCUGUGGGACCCCAGAGUAUGUAGCUCCUGAAGUCAUUCUCAACAAAGGGCAUGACUUCAGUGUGGAUUUUUGGUCCCUGGGAAUUCUAGUGUAUGAGCUCCUAACUGGAAACCCACCUUUUUCUGGGAUUGACCAAAUGAUGACCUACAAUUUGAUUCUCAAAGGAAUUGAAAAAAUGGAUUUUCCCAGAAAGAUAACAAGACGACCCGAGGAUAUGAUUCGCAGGCUUUGUAGGCAAAAUCCAACAGAAAGGUUGGGAAAUCUGAAGAAUGGAAUCAAUGACAUUAAGAAACACAGGUGGCUAAAUGGUUUUAAUUGGGAGGGCUUGAAAGCAAGAAACCUUCCAUCACCUUUAAAAAGAGAGCUCAGUGGACCCACAGAUCACAGCUACUUUGACAAGUAUCCUCCGGAAAAGGGUGUACCUCCAGAUGAACUGUCAGGCUGGGACAAAGACUUCUGACGGAAGAAAAGAUGAUUACUGCCUAUACACUACAGAAGAGGACUAUAAAGAUCAAUAAUCCCACGUAGAUUAUUUCUCUCUUGGGAGUAAUAUAAUACCUUUUAGAAGACCUUUAAGGAAAAGAAAUCUCUGCCUAUGGUUGGUGGUGAAAGAUGGUGGUACGGUGGUGGUUCUAAAUUGUCUCAUUUAGAUGCUGUGAAUUAUUGAUGUAUUGCAUUCUUUGCUUUUUAUACAUUUGAAGGUAUCGCAUCUCCCUUCUCACAGUCAAAACUAUUUUGUUGAAGAGAUGUUUUCUCCAUACUCUGUUGUUCCAUCUCAAUCAUACUCCUUUCCUUUGAGCCCUAAUAAGGUUGAAAAAGAUCAUGCCUUUUAAAGAGCAACUAAGUCAUCCAAAUAGAUGAAAGAACAAGGCUGACUUUUGAAAAGCUUCCCUGGCUUGCAUUUUCAAGGAAGCAUUAUAGCAUCUUAGAAUGGUGGUUUGCAGAAAUUUUGGCAGUAAAAAGAGGCUCUUGCCUUCCACCUGCAUUCAACCUUGACAUUUAUUAAUAUCAUACUUCAGAUCUAGUCUGGGGAAAUGCAGAUUUGAUUAUUAGUUAGUGAUACCUCUUCCUAAAGUAAAUGAGUUAAUUAACCCAACCAAGUAAUUACAUUCUAUUGGGGAAUUUAGGAAAAAACAAACAAAGAAAGGAAAAUUACUUUUUCAUCCUCCUGUGAUCAGCUGUGAUACCUCAGAAACUUUUGAAAACCCUUGUUAAAGUGGUUAUAGUGUAUGGGCAAGUGAUGGGCCUUUGGAAAAGUUUUAUCUCAUACCCUAAAUCUUUCCAAAGUGAAAGUAGAAAAUAAGUAAGAAUAAAAUUAUUAAGGCUUUUCCUCCCCAUUAAAUAUAGAGGAGAAUAUAUUCUAAUAGGUAACAUUGCUGACUCUUUGGAACUCAGGUAUUUUGGCCAGUUCUUUGAUUGUUGUGAUUAAUAAACCAAGAGUAUAGAACAAUCAUAGUUAAUUUUUAAUGAAAAUUCCAUUGGCAAAUGUUUAUGCACUGUAAUCACUAAGAUAACUCUUUUUAAAGAUAUUUGAGUCAUGGAUGUGUUUAUAAUUUUAGAUUGUUAAGGCAGGCAAGCCUCUGGAAAAAUGGGAGGGUUUUAGAAAUAAAAGGGUCAUUCAGCAUCUGCCCUCCUCCUGUCUCCUCCUUGCAAUUUUCCAGAAUAAGAAUUGGAUAGUUUCAAUAGCACUGGAAGCCAGUAUCUAAGAACUUUACAGUGUAUUGUUUUAUGUACUGACCAUGAUCAUUCCCACACCUCCCUUCCAAAAUGGAUGGGAAGCAGAGUUUUCUCUGAAUCUUUUUGAUCUGGAAGAGUAAAUAAUAGCGCCUAAGUUCCUGCAUUACUCAAGCUUUUGGUUAUAUUGUCAUAUGAUAAUGUUCUAUGUGAAACUUACCCUCUACCACUCCCCACUCAUAUUUGCAGCAAUCAGAGGAAGCCAGCUACAUACUUCCUGAAGAGUUACACUUCAUAGGGGAGGCCCAACCCAAGAAGGUACAUGCUUAGCAAAUUGAAUUUCUACAUUUAGAAUCUUUUGCUAAACCAAAGAGUUUUUGUUUCCAGGAUUAGUAUUUUUAAAGAUUAUGUAUUGUACAUAGAAGAACCAUUUUUAAUAGGAUCAACAUAACCUGCUUAAAAAACUUUCUAAGAUUUUUAAAAGAUUUUUAUUUGCAUUUGAUUUGUAUGUACGUAUGUUUUUUCUGUGUAUAUAUUUUUAAAUUACCAACCUAUAAAUGUAGGACAUUUAUAUAUUUGGUGGAGGUGGCUAUUAGAACUGUACAGUUGUAAUAUCAAUGCUAUUCUCAAAGGAGAUCAAUAGUUGUAAUUCAAAAAGAACCUACAUAUAUAGAAAUAAAAACAAACUUAGAGCACUACAGGUUUAUUUUGCCUGUGAUUAGCCAUGUCACUCUAUAAUCCCCACAUGUGAUUUCAUUGUGUUUUCUUUAGAGUACUUUAUAAAGAAGAAAUAAUGAGAGAUUGAAUGAUCUGGGAAAAAUUACUUAACUUUUUUGAACACUAGCUUUCUCCCCUGUAGAAAAAGGCACAGUAAAGUAAUACCUACUUUAGAGUCCUGUUUGGGGGAUUAAAUAUCUAGAGAGUCUUUUGCCCAGUAUCUGUGAAAUAACCAAUAUGAGUAGAUGGGAGUAUUGUUACAUCUCAAUUAAAAUUCAAGGGGCCUUAAUAACCAUUUAGUCCUGAACUUUAUUUAUCAUUGGUAUUGGUAUACAGAAACAUACCAAUUAAAUGUACCAAUUAGUGCUUUUUGUUUUCAAUCAUGAAGUAAAGAUUGUUGAACACACUUCAGUACAUAAGAUGAAGUGUUAAUCCUCAUCAAAAUGAAGUGCUUCCUCAAGCUCAGCUAAAUUUUAAUUUUGAUGAAUUAAAGAUAUAUUUAUUUAUUCUUUAGGCAAGGUGGAAAAUUAUCCCCCUACAUACGAACUUAUCAUGAUCCCAAUCAUUACAUCAUUCCUAGUCUCUCUUUAUAGAGUACAAAGUUAAUUUUCCAUUCUUGAGCCUCUUCUGUGGGGCCAACUUUUCAUAAUUGUUGUUUCUUAAUCUUUUCAGUAAAUACCAACAUAUCUGGAGGAAGGAAAAUGCAGUGGUUAAGAGUAAAGGAUUUGGAGUGAAAAAGGUCUGGAUUUUUAAUUCCAGCUCUUCCCAGUUUUGUGUGGCCUUGAGCAAUAAACUACAUUUUUAUUCAUCUGCAACUUAGAAGCAAUACAUUAAAGCACUGAAA